UUACAGAUAUUUUCUGGAAGUAAUUGAACAAAGAUGUUUGUAGCACGUCGCGUUAACCGUUUGUACCCAGCUGGAGUGCAGCUCGCUAAGAUGAGCAGCAGCCAGAUGGGUGAUCUUGGCAGUGGAGCUGGCAAAGGUGGCGGUGGCGGUGGCUCCAUUCGCGAGGCUGGCGGUGCGUUUGGCAAAAUGGAAGCCGCACGUGAGGAGGAAUAUUUCUACAAGAAGCAACGUGAUCAGCUGGAGCGCUUGAAGAACGACCAAAUCCAUCAGGCCGAGUUCCAUCAUCAGCAGAUCAAGGAGCACGAGGAGGCCAUUCAGCGUCACAAGGAGUUCCUUAACAACUUGCACAAGUGAACACAAUCGAUCUGAAAUGAACGCAAUUACUUAAUGCCUUUUUAAUUAACCGUCACAUUUAGAUGCAUUUCUUUACAAGAAACCCUCAACCCGUUUGCUAUGCGUUUAUAUAAAAUGCUUUAGAGCUUGAAUAA